AUGGCUUCUCCAGAGAAGGCGUAUAACUUUACUUUUAAUCUCAAGCAAAGUUUCGGUAACUUAACUAAUGCUGAACUUGCAGAAAAAACUGAGGGUCAAAAUUAUGAGACUGAGGAACUACACAAGGACCAGAUAAGGAGGGAUAAAUGUCCAGAUGAAUACUUUUCCGUGACCUACUCAAAGGUUCUCAAGGGCAUCCAAACAAAACUGGUGCCAAAAGGAAAAGAAGAGGUUGUCACUAGUGCAAAGCUGAGAACAUCAGAACAUCCUAACCCGGAAGAUAAACCACCCAAGGCCACUACUUUGUAUGCUCCUCAGAAUAAUAAAGCAUCAGCCCCACAGGUCAAAGCCACCAAGGAGAUGUUGGCAAUAAACAUCGGUGAUGUCUCUGACAGGAGCGCUAGUAAAGAUCCUGAAGAGAAACCCAGUCAGAGACCAGUCAGUGACCAAAGGGCAAUCAAUUUUGGAAAGAUCUCUCCAGACCCCAAAUCUCUAAACAACUAUGGCUAUAACACAGAAAUCCAAAUGGAAAGAGAAAAAGAUGUGGCAGUUGUGUGCCCCUCUUCAGGAAAUGGCUGGUCUGAUAAGGGUGAGAUUUCCAGAGUCAUCAUCUCUCCAGGGGAUUCAUUUUCAAUGAGUCUCUCAAAAGCUGCACGACCUUCAUCCCUUACCACUGGCCUUACUGGGAACUGGCCUCAUUUAUCCAGUAGUCCUUGUUAUGGCCAUGCUAGCUACUCAGCCAACAAUGACAAGCCAUCUCACGGUUCCUCCCUGGGCUACAACAGCAGUGGCAACACAUCCCAGGCUGGAAAGAAUAACCUAAACUUCUUGAGUGAUUAUUUCUCCAGCUCUACACUGCAUUCCUCAAGCCAGUCCAGAGACAUAAAAGUAUCAGAAGGAGGUCGGUCCCAGAAUUCUUACGCAUCUUGCCUCAGCAGAAGUUCCAGAGCAGAGGUAAAGGAGAGAACAUUCCACAAGGAGACACCAUCACAUCCUUGGGCAGCACGUGCACCCAGCUCUUUGCCAAGGCACCAGUGGGAACAAGGUCUAAAAGAUGGUUUCAUUGAUACUCAUUGUCACUUGGACAUGCUGUAUUCGAAGUUGUCUUUCAAAGGGACCUUUACCACAUUCAGAAAAAUAUACAGCCACUCCUUCCCUAAGGAAUUUCAGGGCUGCAUCUCUGAUUUCUGUGAUCCUCGCACACUAACAGAUGGCUUUUGGGAGGAGCUGUUGAAAGAGGAUCUGGUUUGGGGGGCCUUUGGCUGUCACCCCCAUUUUGCACGCUACUACCAUGAAAGGGAAGAAAGAAAUCUUUUACAGGCUUUACGACAUCCCAAGGCUAUUGCGUUUGGAGAAAUGGGCUUGGAUUAUUCUUCUAAAUGCACUACACCUAUCUCAAAGCAGCACAAGGUAUUUGAAAGGCAAUUGCAACUGGCUGUCUCUCUGAAGAAACCCUUGGUGAUCCACUGCCGAGACGCUGAUGAAGAUCUCUUUGGCAUCAUGAAAAAAUAUGUGCCCUCUGACUACAAGAUCCAUAGGCAUUGCUUUACGGGCAGUUACCCUGUCAUUGAGCCAUUCUUGAAGUACUUCCCUAAUAUGUCUGUGGGUUUUACGGCACUCCUGACCUACUCUUCAGCCUGGAAGGCACGGAAUGCUGUGGAAAAGAUCCCUCUGGAGAGGAUCAUUGUGGAAACUGAUGCUCCCUACUUCCUCCCUCGUGCAGUUCCCAAAAGCCUCUGUCAGUAUGCCCACCCAGGCCUGGCUCUCCAUACAGUUCAAGAGAUUGCCAUAAUCAAAGAUCAGCCACUGCUCCAUACAUUGGCAACCUUGCGUGAGAAUACCACCCACCUCUACAAUCUUUAA